GUGUGUGCAACUUGAGCACAGAGAGCAUCCUCGCUAUUUCAACAGGGGAGUCAUCCAAACUCCUUGGCAGGCAGCGUGUAGCACUUUGAGAGGAUGGAGAGCGGGAUAAAUGGAGCAGAAGAGCUGGAUUCCUGAGAGUAGAUCCAUUAAACAAAAAUCAGGGGGGGCUGACCAUUAUGGGUGGCAUGUGGUAGCUGAUAAGAAAUUCGUGGGCACGUGUUAAGAGUCGCCAGAUUUCUGUGCAUGCACUCAGCGGCAAGGCGCUCUGUGAGGCAGCGGACGGUGUACUACAUGGAAUCAAUGUUGCGGAGGAGAAAUCAAUCAAACUGGGGCUAAAACACUGUUUUCAAGACAAUCUGCCGUUUGGUGCUGCAUUCUGGAACUCCUGACAGCGCUGGUCGGGUCAUGGAGAAAGGACAUUCAUACCAAUAAUUUUCCAGCUGAUGCCAAGGAUGCCUUUUCCUCUUAUGCUCUCCAGCAAUGCGCCCCAGUGGACUCCAAACUUUAGUACGAUGGAAUCAACUCUUAAUCGCAACAGUGGCUGCAAUGCUUUUGGGACCUCGUUUAGUUUUGUGUCUUUUCCGAGUCUUAGAAUGUCUAAAGAACACUGCAGUGUGGGAUGUGAAUGAUAGUUAUUAUAAAUUAAUAAAGAAGAGGUUGGUUGGUUGAGGCGAACUCUCUCGGCUCAUCCUCUUUACUUUUAUCUUGUGAACAUUUUUGCGACGGCUCCUAUGGGAAUUAAGCACUCGUCCCGCUGUAUGCUCCUCAGGAGAAAAAUGGCGGAGUCUGAGAGCAUUGAGCAGCCACAGCCGCAGCCACGGCCGAUCCGCAUAAUUCAGUCCCAGUCGGCGCAGCCCACCUCAUUGCCCAAGCCGGUGCCUUCCAUCCAACAUGCCUCGCGGCCUCCUCUGCCGCCACACACACCGCAUGUGGCCAGCCUGGCCGCCCCUCCUGGGCGGGGGAAGAUUUCCAAGUUCCUUAGCCCAGAGGAGAUGACCUCACGAGACUACUACUUUGACUCUUACGCCCACUUUGGUAUACAUGAGGAGAUGCUGAAGGACGAAGUGAGGACGCUGACCUACAGGAACGCCAUGUACCACAACAAGCACGCCUUCAAGGACAAAAUCGUUCUGGAUGUUGGAAGCGGGACUGGGAUCCUGUCCAUGUUCGCGGCCAAAGCAGGGGCAAAGCACGUGUAUGGGAUAGAAUGUUCCAGCAUAUCAGAGUACUCAGAGAGGAUCAUCAAGUCCAACCACCUCGACAGCGUGAUCACCAUCUUCAAAGGCAAGGUGGAGGAGGCGGAGCUUCCCGUUGAGAAAGUUGACAUCAUAAUAUCUGAGUGGAUGGGCUACAGCCUCUUCUAUGAGUCCAUGCUCAACACCGUCAUAUUUGCCAGGGACAAGUGGCUGAAACCCGGUGGAUUAAUGUUUCCUGACCGUGCCUCUCUGUACGUGGUGGCCAUAGAGGACAGGCAGUACAAAGAUUUCAAAAUACAUUGGUGGGAGAACGUGUAUGGCUUCGACAUGACGUGUAUCCGUAAUGUAGCCAUGAGGGAGCCACUGGUGGACGUAGUGGACCAAAAACAGGUGGUGACCAACGCCUGCCUCGUCAAGGAGGUGGACAUCUACACAGUGAAGACUGAGGACCUGUCGUUCACCUCAGCGUUCUGCCUACAGAUCCAAAGGAACGACUACAUCCAUGCACUGGUCACCUACUUCCACAUCGAGUUCACCAAGUGCCACAAGAAGACUGGUUUCUCCACUGCACCAGAUGCUCAAUACACACACUGGAAGCAGACAGUGUUUUACCUGGAGGACUAUUUGACGGUGCGGAGAGGAGAGGAGAUUGUCGGCAGUAUUGAAAUGAAGCCCAAUGAGAAAAACAAUCGCGACAUGGACUUUACCUUUGAGCUGGAUUUCAAAGGGCAGCUGUGUGAAGCGGAAAUAUCCCACGACUACAAAAUGCGAUAAGAUGGACUGGGGGACAGUGGCACUGAGUACAACCCCUGAGCACCAGAGGGAGACAGAGGCACUCCCAUGACCACAGAAAGGCCCAUUGGGUGAAGUUAGAGCAGCAGAGAAUCAGAAAUAAAGACCAGGCCAAAGACCAAGCAGAGAUGGCCCCAAUGACGAUUGGCUAUUGUCACUCUAGUCACUAGAGUGACAAUAGUUAUAUCCUACUAGAGUCUAGUGUGCCAUGAAGGCAGGAAGUUAGUCAUGCUGACUGUUAAACACACCUGAAUGUAACACAACAAAAAGAGGUCAGGAAUAACUCCUAGUCUGAAUGUUAUUGAUUAUUGAUGUGCGUAUAUGUGAGAUGGAGUGAUGUAGUUGUGUGUUUUGCUCAGUAUUUCUUUUAUUUUCACAACAAUCUGGACCUUAUGGAGGGAUAGUGUGAAAGUUACAGUAGAACUCAUGUAUUCAACUGCAGUAUUGUCCACAUUCUGGGAUAGAUGUAAGGGUUGAUUCUCAUGUUUUAUUAUGUAAUGUAGGGAAUGAUUGUUAGAGGCACAUUUUUAUUUUUAGUUGUGUCAGUUUAGCAAUGCAGAAAGACAAACAGCAAUUGAAAGCCACAGCAAAGGACAUUGUAAGUGUAAUGUCAAUGGUAACACGUGUUUGCUUAGUCGGUGUACUAGUAGCUUUCUGUCAGUGUGUACUAUUAAGAGGUGUCACACAGCCCUGUGUUCUCAGUGUGAGCAUAAUGUUGACAUGUUAAUAACAGAACUCCCCCCAUCCUAAAUGCCUUGACUAAGUGCCAAAGGCUUUUUCUUUUUUUCCCCGUACUGCUGCAUCUAGUUUUGUUUAUAGUGUUAUGUAUGGGCGCGCCGUUGGGUUUAUUAAUAUUAGAUAUAAACAAGCUAUGAUGCUGCUUUAGUCCUCAUCUGGGCACAAUCCAUGUCAAGCAAUACAACCCGAAAUUCUUAUUAAAGAAAUACUUCACCCCCAAGAUGAUUAUUUGUUUUUAAAUAACUCACCCUGUGUUAAUU